CCGGCCCCUCCGAUUGGUCGACGGCGAGAGAGACGCUCCCGCACGCCGCCGGCUCUGAUUGGCCCAGCGCUUCUGCCAGACAGAUGGAACUCUCCAGCAUGAAAAUCUGCGCAGCCAUUCCAACAAGCAGGGCUCUGCCUGAGGUCGUCCGAAGGAUGCCGAGGAAAAGGAUAUCAGGACUGGAAGCGCUCUUACAGCAAGAUCCAACGAUAGGGCCUUGGGAGAUGGAAAAGGAAUUAAUCUUCUCACCCUGGCGAGUUUUCCUGAAACUACUUAUCCUUAGCGUCAGCGCUGUAAAGACGUGGAGCCGCUCAGUCCCGCGGGUGGCUGCAGACAGAAGAGGUUUUUCAUUAGUCAAUACAGUGAAGGCUGGCAUGAUCAUCAGCUUCCCAUCAAAUAAUAUCUACUCAUCAGUGUGCUGUUGUCAAUCAGAGAUUUUCAAGUAUGAGUUCUCCAACUCAAAGAAAAGUAGCUGGAUCCAGGAAGAAAGGCAUUUGGGGAGGAACAACGUUCUUUGCAGUGCUCAUGAUGUGUCUCCAGAGAAAGUUACUUCAGCACUAAACAAACAAACAAACAACAACAAUAAACAACUUUCCUCUACAGUAUCUUCCAGGGCCUAAACUAUUAGACAGGUUCCUAAGUUUAUCCAGAUCUCUCCUAUGUCUGAAUUCUUGGUCAUCUUCCUUGCCUCUGGCUCCACAGGUAAAGAAGAAAUAAUAAUAAAGGAACAAAAAUCAUAUGUUUCUGUCGGGCUGACUCAUUCCACUUUUGAAGCACCCAGUGGAUUAAUUAGUCUUAUUAUUGCAUUUACUGUCACCUACACACUUGUUUGUGGGAAGGCACUCUUCUUGGCAUUUGCCUAGUUGCAAAAAGGAACACUAAGACUAUAGCCACUGGAUAAUGCUCUUGAAGUUCGCGGCACUGUGGCAGCAUAAAGCUUGAACAGACCUAGUUUUUUUAUUGAUGGAGUGCAACUGAUAUAGCACCACCUUUCUCUGACCCUGUAUAUCAGCUUUUAGUUACGAACUACUUCCUUCCAGUGCAGCAGUUGUUGCCUACCAUUGGUACCAGUUUGGCACCAUUAUAAAGAAACAUUGUACCUCGUAUAGGAAGAAUUUGGAGAGUUUUGGUAUGGUAAUCAAGAUGUGUAUUGUAAUAAUUAACUGA